AUGGGGACUCUUGCUGCUGCAUAUGACAUUGUUGUUCACUAUAAUGCAAACAAAAUAAGGAUUCCAAACAUGAGAUGUGAAAUUCCUGAAAAAAAUUGCACUAUGGAUGUUAAUGAUGACUAUUUAAAUAACAAGACCGUAGGUGUAGAGGUUGAUAUCUCAGAUGAUGAGUAUGAAGACUCUAGCUUCGAUUCUUCAUGGAGAUACAAUAUGCAUAGUGACAAUAAGGAUGAAGUAGUUCUAGAUAGGGCCUCAAAUGAUGACAGCGAGGUUAGUGAUACUAAGUUUUCUGAUUUUGAAGACAAUGAAGCAGAAAUUAUGGUUCUUGAUUCCGAAAGUUUUCCACUUCUGAGAUGGAAAAACGAGAGAUCUAGAGUGAUUGCUAUCUGUGGCAUUGAGGGAUGCCAGUGGAGAAUACAUGCACCACUAGUGGAUGAUAAUAUCACUUUUCGAAUUAAAAGUUACCAAUCACUGCACACUUGUGUGAUGGAUAAACAUUGUGCUAAAGCCACAUCUGACUGGAUGGCCAAGAAGCUGGUUGGUGUCAUGAGAGAUCAUCCUAACAUGACCAGCAAAGGUGUAGAGGCAGAGUUGAGGAAGUAUGGUCUGAAGCCAAGUAAAAUGCAGAUUUUCAGAGCUAAGAACAAAGCACUUGCUGAAAUAGAAGGCACAUAUGCUGAAUCUUAUUCUAAACUUCCAAAAUAUGUUGAACUAUUAAGAAACAAUAAUCCCAACAGCAUUUGUAAAAUACAUUAUGAUAGGCCAAAUCUUUUAGUUGAGCCUAAAUUUUUGAGAAUAUUCAUUAGCUUUAGAGCUCAAAAACUGGGAUUCCUAGAAGGUUGUAGGCCUUUUGUGAGAUUUGAUGGAUGUUUCUUAAAGGGUCCAUUUGGAGGUGUGCUUCUCACAGCAGUUUCUUUGGAUGCAAACAACAACAUAUUUCCAAUAGCAUUUGCUGUAACUGAAUGUGAGAACAAGGAUACUUGA